CGCAGCUGAGUUUUUAGCCCUUUGUCAAAGUGGAGGAGAUUCUCUGCGUAAAAGGAUGUUUUAUCUAAUUUGAUGUGCUAAAAUUAUCCAAAAGUUAUCUUUGCAAUGCAAGGAGAGCCUAGAGUGUAGAAGUAGUGCAGAACUGUUAGUGAAUUUGUGAGAAAAUUAGGCCAAAAGGUGGCAAAGAGAAAGUCUUUUGUGUCUCACAAAAAAAGGUCAUCAAAGGCUUGUAUUUUACAGCUUUUGGGCUUCAGAAGAGACAAUUUUGAACACCAAGAAGGCGAAAAAUCAUUGAAUAGUUGUGAACAAUGAGCGAUAAUUGGGUGGGAAAGUCGAUUUCCAUCAACUGCUCGGAGCCCGGAGGAGUCUUCCAGGGCACGAUCAAGGAUGUCAGCCCAGAGGCGAUUACGAUUGUGCGCGCGUUCCGGAACGGAGUGCCCGUGCCGAAGCCGGAAACCGAGGUGACCAUCGCCUGUGCGAACAUCCUGAAUCUGGAGCUGAUUCCCGCUCCGCCGAGCAGCAAUCUCGCCACUCAUGCCAUCAGUAAACCGACUCCGAUUAAGCACCCCAACUUCCCGGUUGCCCCAAUCCAGGAGAACGGCUCGCUGGCACGCAUUCCAGUGCCGAGCACGUCACGCCAGGCGGCCGGCAAGGCCUCGCCGAGCACCACUGGCGGCACCAGCACCCUCAUGAACAACGGGAAGUUCUAUCCGACGAAGCAGUUCGAGUCGCGCAGCGUCUCGAAGCCUCUGGACAUCGCGGCGCCGAUGAAGAGCAACAACGGGGGCAGCGGCAGCUACAAGAACGACAGGAAGAAGUCCCGCAGGCAGUACAACAGCAAGAAUGAGACAUUCGGCACACCUGUGGAUGAUCCCAUGAUGGACGAGGACUUUGACUUCGAGAAGAAUCUGGCGCUGUUCAACAAGCAGGCGAUCUGGGACGAGAUCGACGCCAUGCAGAAGCCGGACCUCCUCCGGCAGACGGUGCCCACGCAGAGGCGCAAGUACCGGCACGACGAGAAUGUGAUCACGUCGGAGCCGGCGCAGCUGCGGCAGAUCGAGGUGGACUACAACAGCUCCAGGGACUACGUGACGGGCGAGGGCCUCAUCGUGCCGUCCAUUCCCCUGAUUGUGCGCAAUCGCGUCCAGACGGCCGCCGAGGCGCUGGGGCUGUCGUGGGAGCGCCAGUGCGAUGUGCUGGCGCGCGGAACGACGGAGAUCGCCCUGCAAUUGCUGGGCGGAGGGCGUCGCCUGGUGCCCAACAACUCCCAUCAGUGGCCCACGAUUGUGGUGAUCUGCGAGGAGCCCUACAAUGACAAGAAAUCCGAGAUCGGCAUCUGCACUGGACGCCAAUUGGCGACGCAGGGCCUGAAAGUCGUGGCGUACGUGCGUGAGUUCUCGCACCUGAGCCACCCGAGCCGAGAGUUGGACCUCUUCAAUGCCACUGACAGCGCAUUCACCAACAACGUGAAGGAGCUGCCGUCGGGCGUGGACUUGAUCAUCCUGUCCGUGCGCUCGGCCAUCCUCACGCCGGUGCUGCUCAAGUGGAUUAACGAAUCUCGCGCGUCGGUGCUCGCCAUCGAUCCGCCGGUGCAUGGAAUCAGCCAGGUGCAGAUCAAGUGCUCGAUUCUGCCCAUUUUGCCGCUGGACGACAUCAAUCGCCAUGCGUGCGGAAAGCUGUACCUCUGCAACCUUGGUAUUCCCGACAAGUUCUUCCGAGAGGCGGGAAUCAAGUACAAAAGCCCUUUUGGCCAUAAAUUCGUAAUUCCAAUCCAUUUGGUUGAGUAGAGAG